AUGGCGACGGCUUUUCCAGCCGAUCUCAUUCGUUCCGUGGAACAGUAUGGUGCUGUGGCAAGUUCGAACGAUUUUGAAUAUAUUUGCACGGAAUUAUGCCGGAAAUUAGUCAGUGUUGGCCCUGCAAAAUUAGAGGAAUCGAUCUGUAGCCAGGUUUACUGGAAUGCCGCUGCCGGAGUGCUUGUUGAAGCAGCACGGCGUGGAUUGUCUGCUGCCGCACUUGAACAACUAUUACCAAAAAAUAAUUUUGCGGAUGCUAUCGUCCGCGCCUUCAAGGAAAAUGAAAAAUCUAUAGUGGAAUGUAUGGCCACUAUUGGCUGGGAACCUCCACGAGUAAUUGACAUCGCUUGGAAGCUUUCGAAAACUUUAGAGGUAAAUGGGGCAAAGAAAGAAAGAGCUGUAGCGGAAAUUCAUUUGGAUGCGCUUCCAACCGGCUCAACAAAUUUCGAACGAAUAUCGUUUUGCUGCAGUUCGGACGAUUUACAGGUUACUUAUCGUAAACUGUCUCGACUUCUGAGUACCGCCACCAAAAAUUUUCUGAUUUUUCGAAGUCCUUGUGUGAUGUAG